AUGAAGCCGAAGAGGGCGAAGGCAGCGGCGGCGAUGAGUCCCGACGUCGUCGACGAGGGCGUUCAGAUCGCUGAGAAGGCGGCGCAGAAGUUGGAUUUUAGCGGGAUGUUUUUGCGCUCGGUGCCAAGUUCUUCCUUCGAUUUCGGCUUCAUCAUCAAUCUUGAUCUCUCCAAUAACAACCUCGAGAGCAUCCCUGAAUCAGUGACGGCGAGGCUACUCAACCUGGUCGUUCUUGAUUUGCACUCGAAUCAACUGAAAGCUUUGCCCAACUCUAUUGGUUGCCUUUCCAAGAUCAGGGCCUUGAACGUCUGCAGCAACCUCUUGGAAUCCCUCCCCAAAUCCAUUGAAAACUGCAGGGCAUUGCAAGAGCUGGCGGCCAAUCUGAAUAAGCUAAGGGAGCUGCCGGAGACCAUGGGAUUCGAGCUCACCUGUCUCCAGAAGCUGGCCGUCAACUGCAACAAGAUCGCCUUCCUCCCCAACUCUACCUCCUACAUGACCUCCCUCCGCGUCCUCGACGUCCGCCUCAACUGCCUCCGGUCCCUCCCCGACGGCCUCGAGCGCCUCGUCCACCUCCAGGUCCUCAACCUCUCCCAGAACUUCCACCACCUCCGCUCCCUCCCGGCCUCCCUCGGCCUCCUCGUCUCCCUCGUCGAGAUCGACGUCAGCUACAACAGCAUCACCGUCCUGCCGGACUCCCUCGCCGGCCUGGCCAGGCUCCGAAACCUCCGCGCCGACGGCAACCCCCUCGUGCGCCCGCCGAUGGAGGUGGUACAGCAGAGCGUGGAUGCCGUGCGAGAGUACCUCGGCACCAUGGAGACUGGCGAGGCGGCCGCCGUCCGCCGGAGGGAGAGGCGUUAUAAUUCUUGGGUCAAGAAGCUCGUUACCUGCACCGGCGGGGUGGGCGGCGCCGGAAACUUUGGCGUGAGGGGCGAGAACGACAGCUAUUUGCUGCCGUCAGAUUACCGUUCGAUCGACGAACCGGCCUCGCCGCGGUACGUCGGCAUGUUCUCCCCCCGGCGGCUGUUCUCCCCUCGACGCGGGACUCCGGCGAGGAAGCCAUAG